UGAAUCGGUAGAUCAGAGUGUGACACAAACUUCCAAGUGUGUGCAAAGCUUCGAUGACCAACUUCACGAUGUCUCCUCCAAGUCAAGACAGACCGGCAUCUAUCGCCGAUACCGAAUAUGCUAUCCCGGACGCCCCCCAAACCGUAGUUAGACGACCAGACCAAGCAGCAUGGGACAACGCUAGAUUUGCGUUACGCAUCAUAUCAACCACGCUCUCCCUUCCAUUCCUCGGGAUAAGUCUGGCCGGGUUCGCAGCACCUGACGGAUUCAGUGGCUACCCGCUCAUGGGUACUCCGCUGGCUGUGGCAGUGCUCUUGUACGACUUCGCCGAGUAUGUCGUGAUGUGCGUCCGAGCCAGGAAAACGGGAAUCCGGCCGCAAAUUUCUCUCGGAUUCGAGCUCGUCCUCUCGCUAGGAGGUAUCGGAAUGUCAGCUGUCCUCAUCAGUUUCGCCUUCGACUCCUAUUCGUGGCACGAUUAUUACGACGGCAGAGAUGGGACUCCCGUCCCUGACUACGUCGCCAACGGAGACCUAUGGUUGGGCAUGAAUAUCAUUGCCUGUGUUCUUGGCAUGGUCGUAUCACUAGUACACUUCGUCCUGUUCGUCCGCGAUUGCGUAGAAGUCCACUGGCACAGGAAGAACGCAUCCGCUUCUUAUACGCUACAAGAACAGGAAAGGCCCGAAAGGCAGGAGUUGCCAGUAAACUCGAAUUUCGAUUUUGAGGGCCUCGACGAGAAGGGACCACCAAAAUAUUUGAAAUAGAAGACGCCAUCCUAAUGUACCUACGAAACGAAGAUUAUGCAGCGAGCGAGCCGCCCUACGAUCAUACGUUGCUAUAUGUAGCUCUAGAUGUACUUAGUCAAGAAAUCAUCUCCCAUGGGUCCUUCGAUAUAUCUAACGAUUCCGCCGGUAAUAGAAUUUACGAAAGAUUUUGGGGGCUGAAGAAGUAGGAAUCACGACACUCUUUGACGAAACGAGGCAUUUAUCUCUCGUACGUAUAGGUUUCAAGAAGGGGAAUAAUCCUUCGAAGAAUGAAUGUAAUGAGUACAUAAUUCAUAUUUGAAAUAUAG